AUGUCUUCAGAUCGUCUAAAAAGAAGUAAUCAUUUGCAACAAGUUGAACGUAGACUAUUGGCUAUUGACAGUAGAUUACAACAUGCUAAAAGAGCACGCGAUGAUUACAUCAAAUUUCUCAAAAACAAGUAUCCUCAAUGGAAUCCACCAGACCUUCUCACUUACACCAUGACUGAUAAGUUAUUGGACGGUCGUCAGAAUGCGAUUGAUUAUGAGCCUCGCCGACCAGAUAAAAUCAUUGAUCGCUUGUCAACGAGUAAAUAUCACUGGGAUUUGGGACAAGGACGAGUGGCAAUUCCUCCGAGAAAACCACAACCCAAUCUCGAACCAAAUGAUCCUAUUCCGUCCAGUGGUCCGAUGCUCGAAACAGAUCUACAACGCGUUCGUAAACGUUUGAACGAGAUAGCGUCAGAUCUGAGGAUUCUUCGCGAUCAUCGCAUUCAUUUGUCCUCAGUUCAGUUCUAUCGGACCGUUGAUUUGGCCACCCUACAACCACCAACUAAAUUUACGGCAAUGAAUCAAGAUCGCGGAGGUAUUAGCCUGACGGAGACCAGGCAGCGUAUUAAUCAAAUCGACGCAACAUCCAGUCCGGAUGUACCAGAGCCAAGCAAGGAUGAUUUGGAUGUGAUACGAGCCGAGGAAUUACUCAAAAAAUAUCGCGAUCAGUUGAGAAAUGACGACGAAUCAGUGGCGCCGUUCGAUAAAACGAAUACAGAGAAGGACCCGAGAACGCAAUCAGCAGCCAUUAAUGCGAAUAAUCCGGAUUGUUUGAUUGCUCCAAAACGAACGAUCUUGUUUAAGAUGGAUCGUGAGCAGAAUGUUAGAUCAAGUCAAAAAGAACAACCUCAAAAAGCCAGUAAUAUUGAAAAUGAACAUGAGAAAUCUGAUGUGAAUUUAUCUGGACUGAAAGCUUAUGAUGGUGAUCAAAUGAUGGCUCAUUCGCAAUCAUCAUCAAAUUAUCGAAAAAUGCUUGACAUUUUGAAUAAAGACCCGAUUGAGGAUACUUCAUCAGAUACUGAGGACAGCUUCGAGAUGAAGUUGAAAACGAAACAAUCCACUCCAAUGACCAGUCACAAAAGUCCAGCGCAGAAUACUGCCAUCACUACAGCUCAAUUAACUGUUCCUGCCCCGUCCGGCACAUCGAAUAGCUCGAUGCAGGCAGUGGAAAGUGCGAAAAGUGGAGGUGAAAGUUUCCUGUCAAGGAUACUCGGUGAACAACAAACCGAAAAGUCAGGCCAACGUCAACCACAGCAAAAGCGUAUCUCGAGCAGCUCGGAUGAAAUGGCGAAGAAAAUAGCGCCAAAGCAAGAGGACGAUUCAGAUUCGGACUUUUUCGCUUGA